AAGAGAAACAUAGAGCUCAUGAGAUGGAGGAAGAAGAGGCAUGGGCAGUGCAGAGUUUCCCCAUAGGAAUUUGGGAUGUGGGUCACUGUGAUCCCAAGAAAUGUUCAGGAAGAAAACUUGCACGCCUCAGCUAUGUCAAGAUCCUCCGCCUUGGAACAAGAUUUUCAGGCCUUGUCCUCACACCCAAUGCUGACAAGUGUGUGUCUCCAGAAGACAAGUGUAUUGUGGAAGAGAAUGGAAUAGCUGCUGUAGAUUGUUCAUGGGUGCGUCUUGAAGAUGUCCCAUGGAGACAAAUCAAGAGUCCUCACCCCCGUCUACUACCUUAUCUGGUUGCUGCAAAUCCCAUUAACUAUGGAAAACCCUGUCAGCUAUCUUGUGCUGAGGCUAUUGCUGCUGCUCUCUUCAUCACUGGGUAUGAAGACUUGGCUGAGAGGUACCUGUCACCCUUCAAGUGGGGUUGUGGAUUCCUGGAAUUGAACAAGGACCUACUGCAGGCAUAUCAAGGAUGUAGUUCAAGCAUAGAUGUCAUUUCUGUGCAAACACAACACCUCCUUCAGCUCAAGGAAGAGGCAUCCUGUCGAGGUACUGGUACUGAUAGAACAAUUCAGGACAUUUUAAACAACUAUGAAUGG